AUGAAAGCUGCAAAAUGUACUCAAACAAAGCAUAGUUUAAAAAUGUACAAGAAGCAACACCAUUCUUGUCACUUUUUUAUAUCUUCUUUUUCUUCAAUUCCAUUAUGCUUCGCUCUAAAAUUUUGCCCUGAGAAAAACAAAUGCUUGAUCCUCAUCAGGAAAAAAGAAAAGAUGUCACUGAACCUCUUCUUCAUAACUACUGAGUUCCACAACAUGUCUACGAUUCAACUUUGUAACGCCAGUUCUGUGCAUUACACACCCUGAAAUGCAGACUGCACAUACAAGUGUCCAGGGUACUUAAUCUUCUUUCUUCUUCUAAAUUACCCCAUAAGAUAUUCUGCACAGCCAACGUGGGCUUACAAUAAACUGAUUCCCCUUGACACACUGCAUACAUGUAACAUUUGCUUUAUUUUAUUAUCCUGAUCAGCUUUCAAGUCAUAGAAGGAAAAGGUGGAGAAAGACACUCGCAGUCACUUCAUUGCAAGGACAGGUACAGAGACUUGGGGCCACCUGAAAAAGAAGCAUUUCUACUUUGUCUGUCACUGGUCUGGAAGUUAUGCUUCACAAGCUACAAGUAAACAAAAGCUGAAGCGGCCUUCAAGUGUCAAGUGUGGAAAAAGAUGUUUUGCGGCAAUGGCUGUGACUGAAGACAACACAGGUGUGUAUGUGGUUUUCCAAUUCAAGCACAGAGGCCACGACUUUGAACUGGGUCGUGUUUUUCUGUCCAAGUCGGAAAGAGCUGCUAUUGCUGACAAGCUGCGAGAAGGCGUGUCCAUGGAUGCAGUACUGGAUAAUGUGCGGUCCAACGUGGAUGAGACAUUCCACCGCAUUAACGUGUUAAGCAAGCAGGAUCUCCGCAAAAUAAUGAGGGAUGCCAGAGUCUCGAAGACCGAGCGGCUGCACGAUAAUGACUAUGUGAGCAUGCAACUCUGGGUUGAGAGGAUGCAUAGUGAAAAGGAAAACCCAUUGCUCUUCUUUAAACACCAAGGACAACCCGACAAAAAGUGACAUUUUUUUAGAGAAAAAAAUGAGGACCUUUUGGAUGACAGAGAUCUUAUGCUAGUCAUCAUGACCACACCACAACAGGAGCUUUUCAAGAGGCUUGGAACUGAUCGUAUAUGUGUCGAUGGAACACAUGGAACAGCAGGUGAGCAGUACUAUAUAAAUGCAUUAAUAAUAAAUGCAAGAAAGAGGGAAUGCUGUCCGAGAAUAAUUGCAAUAGAUAUGAUGAGUAGUAUUCCUUCACACAUGAUAUUUCUCUUAAUUUUUCAUUUGAUGGAGUUCUCAAUUAUCAGUAACAGAGCAAGAAUGAAUUCAGCGCUCUGUACACUGGUGAUAUCAUUCCAUUGCUACUGACCUCAUCGCUACAUGCCCUGCAUAUCCUGUCUGUAUUGUCACCACGGAGUUAUAAUAGGUCACAUAAUACAGCUCUUAUCACAUUUGUCUUGUGGGGAUGCGCGACUGUCACAUG